AUUAUUAUUUUACUUUAGAAUUUAGGGUUUCUGUCUCAAUUAUGCUUGCUACCGAACAAGCGCACGGCUUCGUGCCCCAAAUCGAACCACAGUAUCUCAGGAGCACGCGAAGUCUCAUCGAUGGCGUCUACCCAAUUUGCGAUGGUGGAGGAGUUGGCUUCACUGGUAAAGGAUAACUUGUACAGCAAGCACCUUGUACUUUCAAUAGAAGAAACUUUUGUUAAUUUUCUUCAAGAGGAUACAAGUUCUGAUGGAAUCCUAGAACUUCAACCAAUGAGUCCGUACCACCGCCUACUUUUGCAUCGACUUGCAGAUAUUUUUGGAUUUGCCCAUGAAUCUGUUGGCGAAGGGGGUGACCGCCACUUAGUGUUGGAGCGAUGUGCAGAUACCACAGUCCCACCAAUUCUAGUUAGUGAUAUACUGUUCCAGUAUGAUGAUCAACAAUCUUUGGCUACUUCUGAAUUUACAAUAAGAAAAAAUGAGGCUCCUGCCCUGCUAGCUUUAAAGACUGUACGCCAAGUAUCACCUUCAACCCCACUUGAAGAAAGAGAAGCUGCUUAUAAAGCUGCUCGUGAGAGGAUUUUUUCAUUUCAUGAUGACAAUGAACAAGGUGCAAGUGUUUCAAAGUCCCGUAAUGUUCCAGAUGCUGCUAGGAGGAUGAUCGCACAUGCACUUGGUCAGAGGAUUUAUUCUACUUCCAUUGAGAAGCUUUCCCUGGAUGAAAAUGAGGGUGGAAAUACUGAUGAAUUAACCAGGGGUAACGGUGAAGGUUUAAGUGCAAAUGUAGAAAAUAAGAAAGGAUCAACUGCUUUCUCCACUGGGAAACUGCAGCUCCAUGAAAAGCUGAAAUAUAAUAGGAAUGCCAGAAACGGUAUUGAGUCGACUGAUCAUACAUCUGUUAGCUACAACGAAGCAUACAACGGUGCUUCUUCUUGGAAUAAAUUCCCUCCAGAUGGAAGUCGUAGAAGGAUGAUUGGUGUUGAAGAUUUGAAGAAACAACAGACUGGAGCUGCUAGGCGAAUUUUUGCCAAUGCAAUGGGUUUGCCUCCCGUCAAAGGAAAUCAGAACCUUACACUGAAGCCAAAUGUUGGAAAUAGAGAUUCAACUAAAGAGACAUAGGGGCCAGUGAUCAUGAAGUUAAGAGAUUACUUGCUAGUCAUGUCAGUCAUGAAGAACGUAAUACAAGGUAGCACUUUAUCAUGUUGGAUUGUAAUUGUUUUACCAAUGACGGAGAAACAGCUCUAAGGAUGGAAUUUCUGCAUCAAUUAUGAGGGCCUUUCAAUUCUUGAAUUAAGAAAAAAAAAAGGGAAUGAAGGAUGGCCAGUGAUUUCCAUUUGGAAUAUAAGGUGUUAUUUAAUGAUUUUUUUUCAGAGAGGUUCCAGAAGAAAGCAUUUGCAUGUGAACCGUGCGUGCUUUACCAGGGUGGCUCUGUCAACAAGUUCCUUAAUUGUCAGACAUUACUUACCUUGAUGAGCCCCAGUUAUACCUCUGGAAGCUGGUCUAAUCUGUUAAUUUGAUCUUUGGUAGCACUGCAAUCAAAUUUAAGCGUGCAAAUAUAUGAAUAAUUAUGGGAUUUAUGGAACACCUGCUAAUCUCUAGUCCAUAAUUAAGGUGUGCCUCAAAUAUGACGUCGCACAAAGAAUCUCAUGUUCAUUUUUUUCCUUAGUUCAAUCAUGAUGUAUCUUUCUUCUGGAUGAAAACCUACUUGUUCCAUAAAACCUUUCCUUUGUUUUUUGUAUUCAUCAUCAUUUUCAAUAA